GCCGCCGCCCGGCCCUCGCCCGGCCAUGGGGGACCUGCCGGGCCUCGUGCGCCUCUCCAUCGCGCUGCGCAUCCAGCCCAACGACGGCCCAGUCUUCUACAAGGUGGAUGGGCAGCGCUUCGGCCAGAACCGCACCAUCAAGCUGCUCACCGGCUCCUCCUACAAGGUGGAGGUGAAGAUUAAGCCCACCACGCUGCAGGUCGAGAACAUUUCCAUCGGUGGUGUGCUUGUCCCACUGGAGCUGAAGUGUAAAGAACCGGAUGGAGACAGAGUGGUGUACACGGGCACAUAUGACACAGAAGGCGUGGCCCCGACUAAGAGCGGAGAACGGCAGCCCAUCCAGAUCACCAUGCCGUUCACGGACAUUGGGACCUUCGAGACGGUGUGGCAAGUCAAGUUCUACAAUUACCACAAGCGAGACCACUGCCAGUGGGGAAGCCCCUUCUCUGUCAUUGAGUACGAAUGCAAGCCCAACGAGACACGCAGUCUCAUGUGGGUGAACAAGGAGUCCUUCCUCUGAAGACAGCUCUCUCUGAUGUUGCUGGACAAGCUCUCCAGAAACCUACUUUUAGAUAAACCAGCACAAGCCUUAACCAAGGCACACCACACCGUGGCUGUUUUUCCUCUGGAAUUAAUGACCUACUACUCCUAAUUAUUUCCAAAGUGUAAUUCCCCUCUGAUACAGAACCCCUGACAUAAGAGAUUGUGAAGUACUGCCCCCCACAGUGCUCUUUCUUGUUUUCUGUGCUGGUGUUCCUGCACCCAACAGUGCUCACUCAUCUUGUCGACCGCUUGUGACUGGAGCUCAGGGGAACCGACAGGCUUGUCCCGUCCUUGAGGGUUCCACUAAGUGACUGCGGUGAGUUAUUUCCAAGAUGGGUAACCCACACCCACACCUUUUUGUUCAUUGUUACAUUUUAAAAAAUAACAAUGUGUUUGGGUCCUCCCAUGUGUGGUAUGGUGAUGCGUAACGUGCAGUGUUGGCCAGCUUUCAAAGCAAACUUUGUGAAAAUAUAAUCCAAGCUGCAGGGAACAGGACUCAAGUGCUGUGCGUCCUACGAACAGCUCAGCUUUUCAGGGAAUAAGGAUGACAAAAGGACAAAAAUGUGAAAAGUAUUUGUAAUAUGCAAAUACUCUUUCAAGUAACUUAAGGGUUUGUGCUAUGCUGCAGUGGAAAGGGGGCGAAAGCAUUGCUGUGGACCCCUGGAAAGCAAAGUGACAGGAGUCCUCGGGCCACCUCUUUGGCAAACUACCCUAGUGUUCAAAUGUGCAUAUCGAUGGCCUCCCAACAUUCCCUUCACUUGAACUUUGUAAAACUGUGUACGGGUCUGUAAUCAACUUUUGAUAUUUCUUAAUAAAGGCAUUGGAAAUCGUG